AUGUUAGUAAAAAGUAUGAGUGGGCAAGAAAAGUCUGUUGAAGCAGCAUUGCGUGUAUGCUGGACGUUAAAUAAACACCAAAAGGUCACUGCACUUUUUGAAGAAAAAAAGGACAUCAUUAAUGCUAUUCAAAGUAUUCCUUUAUCAGCAAGAAGCAAUACAAGGAGAAACGAAAUUUUGGCUGAUGACAACAAAAAUAGUUUAAUUUCCAUUUUACAGAAAGCACCAUGCUACGCAUUAGCACUUGAUGAAUCAUGUGAUAUUAUUGAUUCGGAACAGAUCUCAAUAUUUGUGCGAUUUUUUGAUGUUGAAAGUAGAGUAUUUAGAGAUGAAUUAUUGGCAUUAUUGCCAUUAAAAUACAAGACUCGUGGAGAAGAUUUGUUCAAAACUUUUGACAACUUUAUGAAUAAAUCAAAUAUUAGUUAUGAUAAAAUUGUGUCCGUUUCAACCGAUGGCGCCCCAGCAAUGGUUGGUAAAGAAAAGGGAUUUGUUAAGAGAAUUAAGGAUAAGAAUCCUGAAAUACUUUCAUACCAAUGCAUAAUUCAUCAGACGUCCCUAUGUGGCAAACUCAGUACAACACUGAAAGAAGUAAUGGACGUAAUGAUUAAGAUUAUUAAUUUUAUGAGGUCCCGAUCUUCUCUUCAGAACAGGCAGUUUAAACAGUUUUUAUCUGAAUGUGAUUCGGCUUAUACAGAUUUACUUCAACACAACAAUGUUCGUUGGUUGAGUAAAAGUAAACUGAUCGAACGCUUUUGGAACAUAAAAGUAGAAGUAAUCACGUUCUUGGAAAAAUUGGAUUCGGAAGAAUCAAAACAGUAUCAUAAAUUUUUAACAAACAAGAAUUGCACAGUGUUUUUAAGUUUUUUGUCUGAUCUCAGCAAAGAAGUUUCCAAAAGAUUCAAAGACUUUGCAAAAAUAAGAAAACUUUCGCAAUUUUUAAAAAAUCCUUUUGAAGUUUCUCCAAUAGGAGAAUGGAUUGACAUAGCUACUUCAAAUAGAAAUUAUUGA